GAUCGUUUCAAGCCCAGAAGAAAUACGGGGACCCGAUCUGUCCGAGUCUCCCCCUACCAGAACUUUACAAUAUCAAAGGUCUCCCAGCACCAGUUCCAUUCCCGGAAGAAGCCAUGCCUCCAACCUACCCCGAGACCUUGAAAGUGCGGUAUUCCUCCGACGACGCGUCCCUCCGAUUCCCAGUCCACAAUCCCGCGACCGGCGAGGUAAUCACCAAUCUCCAGGCAGGGACGCCCGAUCAAGUCGAUGCCGCCGUGCUCGCCGCCCAGAAAGCAUACGACACCGACUGGCGAUGGCGUUCCCCGGCGGAACGGAGCGCGUUCCUCUUCAGAUGCGCCGAUGCACUGGAGCCCCACAAGGACGAGCUGGCCGAGCUGCUGUGCCUGGAGAACGGCAAGCCCAAGCAGGACGCCCUGUCCUUCGACAUCAGCUUCCUGGUCAACAUCUUUCGGUUCUUCGCCAGUAUCUGCGACAAGCUGCCGGGCGAGUUCUACCAGCGAGGCAGUGUGAACGCGACGGUCAUCUACGAGCCCUUCGGCGUGUGCGCGGGAAUCCUGCCCUUCAACUGGCCACCGAUCCAUUUCGGUGGUAAGACGGCUCCAGCCCUGGCGGCGGGCAAUGUCAUGGUCAUCAAGCCCGGCGAGCAGGCCCCCUUGACCGUGAUCAGGAUGUGUGAGAUCAUCUCCCAAGUCCUGCCACCGGACGUGGUCCAGGUCGUGCCGGGCCUAGGGCCCGAUGUCCCAACGGCAUUGAUCAAGCACGACCUUGUCAAGAUGGUGUCUUUCACGGGCUCGACUGUGGCUGGCGCCAAGGUGGCCGAGACAGCUGCGAAGACGGUGACGCCUGUGGUGCUCGAGCUAGGGGGUAAGAAUGCGUUUGUCGUCUUUGACGACGUCGAGAACCUCGAUCGCGCAGUUGGCUACGCCCUCGAGGGGGCUUUUUUCAACAAAGGCGAGGCCUGUACUGCUUCUUCAAGGAUUCUCGUCCAGAAAGGAGUGUACAGCCAGUUCUGCGACAAGCUGGCCGCGGGGGUCAAGAAGCUCAAGUCCGGAAACGGUCUGGAUCCCAGCACCCACCUUGGCCCGCAGGUCAGCAAGGCACAGCAGCAGAGGGUGUUGGACUACUUGCAGAAGGCGAAAGAUCUCGAGAAAGAGGGAAAGGUCAAGAUCGUCGCCCAGGGUCAGCUGCCGGAUGACCCGGCGUGCAAGGACGGCUUCUUCGUGCAACCCACCUUAAUCACCGACGUGACGAGAGACAUGGUGAUCGCGCAAGAGGAGAUGUUCGGUGUGCUCGUGACGGUCACGCCGUUCGCGACGGAAGACGAGGCCGUCGACAUCGUCAACGAGUCCCGGUACGGCUUGACGAGCGUCAUCUUCAGCCAGAACAGCGAGAGAUGCUGGCGCUUCUCCAAGAAGGUCGAUGUCGGGCUGGUCUAUGUCAACAACUACUUCCGGAACAUCCUUGGGGUGCCAUUCGGAGGCGCCAAAGAGACCGGAUACGGCCGGGAGCAUAGCAUUGACACGUUGAAGGAGUGGUGUCGCGCCAAGGUCAUCAACCAGCCGAGCGGAUUCGGAGAGAUCCCAAGCUGGAGGGCAGUCAAGGAGGUAUACGGGGCCUGAAUCAAGGUCUGGAUCGCACGACAGCCUUCCGACAAGAGUCUGGUCUCUUCCAAUGAAGACACAAAUGACAACGAAGCAGGGUGGUAAAAUAUCAUUGGGGACGAAGUAUUCACGCCCUUCGCCGUAGCGAUAUUGACAGAAUGCUAAAUAGACAGCCAAUCGGCUUUCUCUUAUUUAGGGGGUAAUAGCUAGCUAGUGGUGUUUUAAUUCCCUAGCACGAAUAGCGCCUUG